UUCUCUCCCUUCCCAAUUUUCUCUCCUCCUUUUCCUCCUCUCCCCCCCCCCCCACCCCGAUGUCUUGCCGCGCCCCUCCUUCACCGCUCUCCUCUUCUCCUUUUUCCCCAGGAUGCUGAUGGAGAGGUCCCCCAGUGACCCGCCGCGGGAUGCGGCGCACGGAACCGGAGCUGGAGCGGAAGGCGUCGGCGAGCCGGACUUGGGGCUGGGUUCCGGCAGCAGCAGCGGCGGCGGCGGCAACGGCGAUCGGAGGCGCAGGGGAAUGGCCCUCCCGGGGGAGCCGGCCUUGCUCGAUGGGGUUGCCAAGGAAACGGGUCGGCCGCCCCCCUCCCCCGGCCCGGGGCCCCCUGCUGCGCCGGUGCCAGUGAUCGAGCUGGUGCGCAACGGCCGCCCUAUAAAAGCGAGGGACGCGCCGGCCGGGGCCCUGCAGAGCCAGAGAGAGCGAGACGCCAGCAGCAGCAGCAGCAGCAGCACCAGCAGCAGCAGCAGCAGCAGAGUGCCGCGCUCCGAGCCGGCCACCGCCACCGCCCUCGCCCUCGCCACUACCGUGGGCGCCGGAGCGGGCACGCCCCCGGCCGGUGGUGGCAGCGGCGGCAGCAGCGACGUCCGCAUGGUGCACCUCAGUCCUACGGCAGCCCCCGCGCUCCCGCCGCCGGCCAGAGCCAUGCUCUACGGCCUCGGGGCCCCGCUCAGCGCCUCCAGCAGUGGGUUUUUUGGUGAACCCGAAAACUUUUCCAUGUAUAACAACAACCGAGUCAAAAGAAGACCAUCCCCCUAUGAAGUGGAGCUCUCUGAUGGCCCUCACACAAAAGUGGUCCGUCGAAUAUUCACAAAUAGCCGUGAGAGGUGGAGGCAGCAGAACGUCAAUGGAGCUUUUGCUGAGCUUCGCAAGCUCAUCCCAACUCACCCACCUGACAAAAAGCUCAGCAAGAAUGAAAUAUUACGCCUGGCUAUGAAAUACAUCAAUUUCUUGGCCAAACUGCUCAAUGACCAAGAAGAGGAAGGGAACCAGCGGGGUAAAGUAAACAAAGAGACUGGCAUAGUGCAAGAAGACCUUCUUCAGGACAUGUUGUCCCCAAAUUCAAGCUGUGAAAGCUCAUUAGAUGGAGCAGGAAGCCCAGACAGUUUCACGGAGGAGCAUGAAACAUUAGAUCCUAAGCACACAAGAGGCCUCCAUCAUUCCCUUCUUCCCAUCGAGAACAAUGCCCAGCGAUGAUGAACCAGCACAGGGCAUCCCAGAAUACCCGGUAUCUGGAAUGUAUGCAUGUCCUCCCUUCCUUCUUCCUUCUUUAUUUAAGACAGAACAAAUAAUGGGUCCUUCCCAAGUUUCUUUUUAACUUGAACAAGUUGAUGAAGAUAAAGAAUGAGUAACCAGGUGUACAGAACAGUGCAUCUUUCCUGCUUUUCUCACCAGUGAAUCAUAGGCCUUGCUAGUUGUGUUUUUGAAAAGUUUAACACAGAAGGGCUGAAAUAUGCAGGCAGCUCAUUUUGUGUUUGUUCAUGGUUUACAAAAGGAUUGAACUGAGACUCCAUCCUUCUGCUGUGAUGCUCUUAUUUUGCCUUGCCUCUCAGCUGUUUGGACCCAAGGAUCUUCAGUUUUGUGUGGCUGUUGACAUUGAAAGUCCUUAGAAAUUCUUCAUGUUGUAUGGUGGUUUUUUUCCAGGUGUCUUGAGGAAAUGUAUGCCACUUGUCUACCUUCACACAAGAGCUUUGAUGAAGUACUAUUUGUGAGCAACAA